AUGGACUGCCAUUUUUCUGUCUGGGGAGUUUUGGCCUUUCUGAGUUUGGCUCUGGUUAUUUCAUUGAUACUGAACAUUUCGCACUGUAUGAAAAAGAAGCAAGAAACUAAAAUGUAUGAAGACUAUGAAGACAACAGUCCAAGCUAUGAUGACUAUUACACAGAAGAUGACCCAGUUUAUGGCAAUCUCAAUCAAGAUAUUUUAGAGGAAUGUUGUUACGAGCAGAUGAAGUCCCAGCCUCAAAGGCCAGUUAACCAACUACAGGUGGAGUCUGCCAAUCAGAUGUGUUAUGCCUCACUUGAUCAUAGCGUCAAAGGAAAACGCAGAAAACCAAGGAGAAAGAAAGACCCUUCAUUAGAGGAGGAUGAAGAAGAAAGAUCAUCUAACCCCACUAUGACUGCUUCCAAAGUUAGCAUUUACCUCAAUAGUGAGCAGUUGGCUACUGAAAACACAGCAAGUGUAGAAGCCAUUCAUGACGAUCCCAUCAGAUUAAUGGGUUUGAUUCAUACUACAAAAGGAGAGAACAUUUGA